AGUAAUUUGCCGGCAUCGUGUUCAGUCGCAAAAACUUCUGAAAGAGAAGAAAAAAAUUAAAUUAAAACCUGUGUGGAUUGCUGAAGAUAUUAUCAAGUUUAAAUCAAUUAUAAUUGAUAAUUUGAUGAGCUGUUUAAAUAAAUGAAUAGCACUUAGUCAUCAAUAGACAUAAAUUAUAAUCAUUCAAUAUUUUACAUCACACCAAGUGACUCAUAAUUUUUCACUUUUAUUAAUAACAACGUGCGACAUAAAGUGAUUAAAUGAUCGUGAUUUGAAUAAUAGCAACAACUGUUGAAUCAAGAAAAAGUCAAAUUAUUACGUCCAGUGUUCAGUUAUUAUUGUGAACAAAUCCUAAUAGAUGUGUUUAUUCGCGUUCACUGAUUAAAAAUAGAAACAUUACGAAACUUGUGAUUUAUUGCACGAGCCUAAACGUGUCUAAAGAGAUCAAUAAAUUUCUUUUUCAUUGUAUUUUUACCCGUCUGAAAAUUUGAAGCAUAAAAACAUCGUAAAAUUGAAAUCAAAAGUUGCACAGUAAGAUGGCAACAACAAUACAAAAGCCACAUCCAUCUCAAAUGGAUCCACGUUUGAGACGUGCUGUUUAUGCAAAAUAUCGAGAAAUGCUUGUAUCGAAAAAUAAUCAAGCAAAUGAAAUGAUCAAAAAGCUGCCCAGUUAUAUGGUACACCAGGAUCACGGUUUUCAUGGGAACGUGUUAAACAACGAUAUUCCGCCACCACCGCCUCCUAUGUCGGGCAGUUUACCAGCGAGAAAACUUGAAAGUUCAAUUGCAAAUGCACCAGCGUGCGUUCAAAACGCAAUGAUGACUAAAGACAAGAAGCCUUUUACUUAUACACCAGGCGGCAUUGAUUUGUCACAAAUAAAAUCACCACGAAUGGCAAAACGUCUCGAAGCGAACAUGAACAGUCCUGGAGUGCAAAGCAAGCCAUCUAAAGUUUCUCCAUUAGCUGAAAACAAUUCAAACGGAAAUGUAUCAACACCAGCUACUCCAGCUACUCCAGGAACCGUUCCACCUCCACCGCCACCUCCUUCAAUGGGAUCACUUGCUAUGGGAAUGCCAUUCCAAGUGUUUCCAAGUGAACCUCCAGUUAAAGCUAAUCAUCAGUUGUCAGCUCCACAUACAAAUGGAAGCAAUAGGAAGUCACCACAAUCUUUCGAGCCACCGCCGAUGGGUUGUCGCCCUGAGAUAAAAAUUCCACCAAAUCCAAUGGCAAACUUAAGACCAGCUCCACGACCACAAGUCAAAGGCGAUUUUUGGGUUCAAGAAUACGUACAGGAAAAAGCUCGCGAAUCGAUUCCAACAGAAGACGAUUUUCAACAACAAAUCGCUUCCAGUCAACAGCAACAACAACCAAGUAUCCCAACGCCACCACCACAGAUGCAGAGACAACAAAGCCCUGUCAGAAAUACUCCUAAAUCCCCAACACCACCGGAGAGAGAUUUCAGUAAUCAAAUUCGUAACAUGAAACUUGAAGAUGUUCGUACAGCAAGUCCAUUGGGUACGCUUUACAUCCCACCCCCAAUGAAUAAUGAUGAUAAACAAUAUUUGAUGAGUCAAACAAGCCCCCCUUGGAUGUCAUCAUCGAAGCAAAAUGUCCCCGACACACCCGAAUGGGUAAAUCGUGAUGAGGUUGAUAGUUUCAUUCAACAAACUCGUAUGAUGCAAACACCGCAAUCUGCCGGCAUAAGAGAACACGUCAUACCGAUUGCGAUUGAGAAAUCACCGAGUAAAACGCCAACAACACCUGGCUUUGGACCGACACCAUUUUAUGCAACUGGUCCGCAGUAUAGCAAUGUUGUUUCGCCCAAAAUUGUUUCACCAAGAGUUGAUCCCAAUGUAAAUCAAUUUGUGAAUCAAGGAUACAACAACAUUGAGUUUAAGCAAACUCCACAACAACCAAGGCCAAAUGUUCAGAUGCAGAUGCAUCAACAGCCAGCUGGAACUCGGAUUAUUCCGGUUCAAGUUGAAGGUGGAAGAUCACCGCAACCAGAUCAGACCGCUUCAAUGCAAAGCGAUCCACGUGCACCGCCAAGUCCACGAAUAAAUGCAUUUGGUCCACCAAAUCAAUCACGCUCGUUUAAAAUUUUACAACAAGUUACGAAUACUUUAGGAGCUGAUUUGGAUGAAAAUGAAAUUGAAGAACAGAGAAUAGAUCAAGAACCUAUGCAAGAACAGCAACCACUUUAUUCGCGUCCAUUGGGGCCGGACGAGAUGAACGAGAAUCAAUUACGUAGGUUGCAAAUGUCGGAACAAGAUCGAGCUUUUAUGAAUCGUGUUAAAAACCAAGUGGAUGAAGAAAUUUAUCUUCACUCCGAAUCAGAUCCACGGUACAAAGGCUCAGCGAUACCAUCAAAAGCAUUUAGAGUUUUACAAAUUAUGACUGAUGGUGCUCCGAAUAAUGUUCAAGCCGUUCCUGUUGGACGAUCGAAACAGCAAGACGAAAAUGUUGAACAACAAAAUCGCGAACCUCAUUUAUAUCAAGGCGGAGCCAUCCCAAGUCGUUCAUUUAAGAUUCUUCAAGCCAUGACACAACCAGAAAACGCUGCCGACUCUAACGAUAACUCAGACAUUGAAGGUAAUCCCCAGUCUUGUGCUGGUAGUCCAUUAAAUUUCUCUAACCCUAACGCUAUUGAUCAUAACUUUCCAUUUCACCAUCAAUAUGCAGUCCCUCAAAUGAUUCCACCGCCAAUGAUACCGGCUCCUCAAUAUUAUUAUGAUUGGUUUGAUCCGCAAAAUAACCCUUACUGGGCCUAUUACUAUCAGGGCUAUGAUCCCAAUUGCUUCGGCUUUGCGCCGCCAAAUCAUUCGCGAAGUCAAACACCUCAACCAUCAGCGACACAGAAUGCGACGCCUCCAUACUUUUAUCCUUAUCCACCCCCACCACCUUUUAUGUGGUAUCCACCAUACAUGGGCUUUCGACCCAUCUCUGCUUCAAGAGAAACCACGCCAUGCAUUUCUGAUUCUGAAAAAUUACUAAAACCUCCAACAACAAAUACUUUGAAUGAUGAAAGAAGCAGACGAGCUGUAAGUUGCACACCAACUUGUUGUCAGCAUGCGAAACCUUUUAUGGUUGAAGAGAAUCGAAAGAAAUUUAACACAGUUGAAGAGCCGAUAACGAAAGUCCCACGAGAAGAAGAUUAUGAAGAGUUUGAAGGAAAUCCUUUAGUUAACGAUCGAUCAAUGAGUAGAAGCUUAAAAUCAAUUCCUUCAGUCAGUAACAUUAACAUUUACAGCGAAGAAAACGCUGAUCUGCCAUUGGAAGAGUUGAAAGUUAAACCAGUAGUAAUCGAAGAAGAAGAAGACAGUGAAGAUGAGACAACUGAAGUUGAAGAUGACAUAAGUCAAGACACAGAAACUGGUGACAUGCAUUUACCACAUCAACUCAGUGUCAUUUACGAAGAGAACGAGAAUGUAAAUAACGAAAGACGAGGAAGUGUUGUGAGUCGAAGUUCAACUUUAAGUGACUGCUCAACAACAUUAAUGGAAGAAGAUAAUAUAAGCGUUGAUUACAGUGCUGAUGAGAUGGAAGAAGAGAACUCAAAUUCAGUUACUGUAAGAUUGCCAUUGAAAUUCUCAUUUACACGAAGUGGCGACAAUUUGGUGAACACAACAUUAACAGUUGGCGAAAGCGAAAGUGAAAUUUAUGAAAGUCGAUCAAGUAAAUCAAAAAGUCCAGAAGAAUUCAGAUCGAUUGAAGAUUCAAAAUCUUCUUCUCCGCCAAAUGAAGAUCCACCAAUUGAAAAUUCAGCUCCUGAUGUUUCAGUGACUGUCAGGUUGAAAUCAAAAAGUCGAACACCCGAAAGAGUUGUGCAACCAAAAUUGUGUCUUUGUAAUGAGAAUGAUAAUUCCGAUCCCGACUGUUCCGUAAGCAUUUCAUUGCCAAGACGAUCACAAUCGAAAGAACCAAGCAGUAGUAAUAAAGUUCCUGAUAAUUCAGAUGAAAAGUCUGACGCUUCAAAUGAAAACAAAAAAUACAUCGAUUCAAGUUUGUACACGUCUCUCGACGCUCUUGAAGAGAUCAAGAAAGGAAUGAACGAGAUAACAAGUUCUUUGUUUAGUAAGCUCUGCACAUUACGUAAGAGUGCUUUGAAUAUCCCAGCAAAUGAACAGCAUCAUAACGAUUCUUACCGAAGUAGCAGCACAAGUCAAAUAGAAAGCAUUGAUACAGAUUCUGAAAACGAAAUGAGUUUAAGCUUUAAUGACUUUGAUGAAAAGCGUCGCAUGUCUGAUGCACAUGAGAAUGAAAUUGAAAUUGAUAAUAAAAAGAUUGAAGAUGUAAAUGAAAAGCUUACUGAAGCCGAACCUGUCGUGAUUGAACAUUCUGGAGACUUUGAUUUUUGGGGACAAAUUUCAGAAACAAAUAAAAAUUCUGAUUUGGAAUUUCCAUCGAAACGUUCAAGUCGAUAUUGGUUUGAAGAUGACGAUGACAAUGUUGAAGAGAAAGAAGAAAUUGCUGAACAAUCGCGAGCACAGAUUGUUGAGCUACAAAUUUCUGAAAAUAUCAAUGAAGGAAUUGAAGAAUCUCAUGAACAAAAAACUGAUUUCUGGAAAGAUUAUGAUGAGAAUGUCCACUUGAAAUCUCAUGUUGAAAUUAACGUGACCAAAGAUGAUCACACGGAUGAUCAUUUAAAUCAAGAAAAUGACGAUGAAAACUCUGAUGAAUAUGAAAGUGAAGUUGAGGAAAUUGAAGAUGCAUUUGUGGAAGUCAAAGUCAAUGAAAAUUUACAAAGUGAAGUUUCAAAUGAAAGUGUUGAAGAUGAAGAAAUUGCAAGCGACGAAGAAUGGACAGAAGAAGAAAUUGAAGUAACAGACGAUGAACAGCCUGAAGUCAAAGAUUCCGAUAACGUUGAAAUAAAAGAAGAUAAAAAUGAAAUCGAAUAUGAUGAAGAAAGCUACAAAUCGAAUGUUCAACAUAAAAAUGAAAUUCCAAACAAUGAAGACGAGGAAAAUUAUAGUGAAAGUGAAGAAGAAAUUGACAAAGACGAUUUAAAAUCAAAGGAAAGUUCACAGACUAAAAUAUCAAAAGGCAAAUCAUUAGUUAAUGUCAACUCUUUAAUUUCAAUGGAUUGCAACAAAAGUCAUGAUAAGAUUCAAGAAGAAGUUCAAAGUGUAAAUGAGACUGAUGAUAGUGAAGAAUCUGAAUACAGUUCAGCUGAAGAGCUUGAAAAUGAUGAAAUUGAAUCACUGCCAAUUGAACAUUCCAAUGAUGACUGCCAACACAACAUCACAAGUCACAAUGACAAAGUAUUACAACCUCCACUUAACAACAUUCAAUCAAUCGAUUCCAAGUCAAACAUGACGUCAGAAUCGGGAAUUUCAUUUGAACAGAAUGAUUCAGAAGAUGGAUAUGAGGAAGAUUCAGAUGAAGAAGAAGAAGAAAAUGUUCCAAUGGAAGACGAGAAAACAAUCACACGCGAAAGUAUGUCGCUAGAACCUGAAAAAGAAAUUAAAAUUGAAAAUGAAGAAGUGAAAGUGAACGUAAAAGGAAAAAUCUCCAUGUUUGAGCGUGCAAUUUCUGAAGAACCUGAAAAGAAAGUGACGCCAAGAAGCAAUCCAAAGUUUGGUUGUUGGAAUCGUGAAACAUCAGAACCACCAACUUCUCUUCAAUUCACUUCAAGUUCGACAGAAACAACAAACAGAGCUGCAACUGCUGUGAAAAUUCUUCAAGAAGAUUUAGAGUCUAAUGGAACCUCUUUUAGUUCUGCUGAUGAAUCAACGAUUCCUACAGUUGAUUCCACCCCCGCACUUACACCACAAGAGUUUCGCAAUAACAGUUCUUAUGCAGAGUAUUAUGAGAGUUGGGAGAAUAAAGGAAAUGACAUUGAAGAUGAUCUUUCAGAUUUAAAUCUCAUACAGUCAAAAGCUUUUAAGAAUCUCCAAGACCAACAAGUUAGUGUUAGCAAGAAACUUUGGUCUGUUCGUUGUCCUCGCAUUCUCAGCUCAAAAAGUAUUAACAAAGAUUUGGCGCGCUUAUCCGAAGUAAGAGAAUCCGAAUCCCCUGAACCUAAUCAAAGCCGAUCACCUUCCAUUCGUUCGCAAUCAACGGAACCAAUGUCUGGAGAUAACAUCAACAUUCAAGAACGGCAGAGAAUUAAGAAUUGUAACACAUGA